AUGGCUGAGUCACAGCCCGCCCGCAUCGACACCAUGGACACCCGCGAAACCCUAAUCCCAGAGACCCUCGUCGUCACCGAUCUCCCAGAAGCUCCCGCAGACACGGCAUCGGCACCAGACGCCGCCGGCUGUGACAACAAUAAUGAGCCAAGUGACGCCACCAACGGCGAGGAGCAGAAGCCAGCAGACGCCACCAGCAGCGGCGAGCAGAAGGCAGCAGACGCCGCCAGCGAGGAUAAGAAGCCACCUGCAAUGACCCCGGAAUCCAUUCGUAUCGCGAUCGAGAACUAUGCCAACAGCAUCAACAAGGACCCCAAGGAGGUGACGUUUUCCAUGCUUGAGGCUACAAAGGAAGGCCCCAGCUACUGGGCCACGGUCAACACAGACAUGUCGGCCCGUGGUGCCACGGCACAAUCUAUGGGCCGUGCCAUCCGCUUCAAACCGGACGUGAAAAACCUUUAUGGCCUACUCCUAGAUUCCUUCAAGCUCGAGUUUAGGAGGGCCUGGGCAUGCUCCCGGGACUUUGAAUUCGUCACGACUACCCGCAGCACCGUCAAUACAUUUCGCAAAAGAAAGGACGAGCUCGGCACCUACAAGACCUUCCUUCAGAUUUGUCAGGUCCUAGGUGGGGUCGAUGAACCCAUCGCCAUGCAACAGGCGAAGAACUACACUCAGAUGUGCUGCCGUGACGACCUCAAGGAACACUGUGUGGUCUACAACGCCUGGCUGAAAGCUGACACAUACCUGUGGGUGGAGCAGCUCCUGACCACAUCGAACAUCCAGGAAUGGAAGAGUACUGUGACUGUCGAGGUCAAGGAGCCGGUUAAAGGCUCAUGGUCUGAAAAGGUGCAGCUCUCGAAAGCUAUGCGAUGCUACGCGGCGGAGAACGGCAAGAGGUUGGUUGAUGUGACCGAGACCGAAGUGAGGACCUCGGAGUUGGGUUUGCAAGGCUAUGCUGCUUUGUUCGAAAAGACUCCAGGAGCCCAGCCCAAGCCCGGCGGGGAUGGCAGCAAUGCUGGUGGGUGCAAGGGCGGCAAGAAGAGGGGUUUGGAACAGGAGCCGAAGCCGAUCGACACUGACCUCCCGACGCCGCCUCCUACUACCGAGAAUCCUGCGAAUCCGAACAAGCGGGCAAAGGCGGGCGGGAGCGGUUCCGUCACGACCAAGAAGGAGAAGGAGGUCAAAGAGCUUCUUGCCCAGGAGCAAGCGAGCGACAAUGCUAUGAGCAUGAUCACGAUCGAGAUGGGCAAGAGCGAUCCCGCCGCAUGGCAGUGGGCGGCUGGGUUCGUGAAGAGCUACAAGGAAUGCCGGGUCGGGGUGCUCGAGCUCUACGCCGAGAACCCCUUCUUUCAGUCCAUGAAGGUGGCUGUUCUCUCCGCGAAGGAGCUGCAGAAGGUGAAGAAGGAGUACAAGGAUCAGUAUUUGCCGAAGCUUUGCGACUUCGUGAGCAUGUUGGGGCCGAAAAUCUCUGCUAUGGCAGAGGCUAGUGUACAGAUACAACAGAUGGCUAGUGCCAAGAAGAAUGCUUCCGAGAGUGUUAAAGCUAGCGGGGACAUCGAGGCUGCUAAGAAGUUUCGACGUCUGCUGGUCGAGAGGUUUUUGGAUGGGGGUGAGGGUGCUGAGGAUCUGGCUUUGAACCCUCGGCGAGAUUUGAGUGAACAACAUCCGGAUUUGAGAUUGCCGAUCAUUGACUUCAAAGCUGAUUGGGCUGCUUUGGUCGAGAUAGUCACGAUUCCGGAUGUGGAUGUUCAACAGCAGAUCUCGAAGCUUUUGCACUAUCGAAAAAAAGGCCGUGGCCGUGGACGCUGCUUGCUGAAAGCAUUCCAACAGCUAGGGCUUCCGAAAUGGGCUAGAUUGGAGCCUUCUACACUGUUGCCAGAUGUGGGGUCCUUCGAGCAGCAGCAGUGUCCAUUCAGUUGCAUCUUUUAUGUGGCUGGUGAACACGGCCGUGUGUUGCACGUGUCUCCGCUUUUGCAAAUCCCUGGAGUCAGCUUGAGUUCUUGGUGCAUCGACUUGCUACAUACGUGGCAUUAUGGACCCAUGUCUACUUAUCUGACAUUUGCUCUUCGUGCUUUGCUGAGCACAGAUAUCUACAAGCCUGGCAAUUCAGCGGUUCUAGACAAAGAAGAAAAUGACAAGCUUUCUUUGAUGGCCCUCAAAGCGGAAUUGUGGAUGUUCUACAAGCACAGACGUGCCACAGACAAGGAGUGGAGCAAGAAAGGUUCUGAGGUGUGGAACCUCACUCUCACGAUGCUUGCAGAGAAAGCCCUGAAGUGCAAAGCAGCGGAGACACACGGUCUACUUCGCUUUGUGGUCAUGACACUUGAGAAAUACAAGACGGUGCUUGAGGGCAAUGAAAAUUCGCACAUGUUUGAUCUACUUCGUCGGGCAGGGUGUGCAGCCGAAGCAUUCGAUCAGAUUAUGAACGAGCACAGCAGAGUGUUUCCGCAGGACGCAUGCGACGCUUUGCAUACACGAUAUCAUCGUUUCAUACAGCUGUGCUCAAGGGCUGGUGUGCCUUUCCUACCAAAGGGCCACCUCAUGUACCACCUUGCUUCUCAGGCCAGGGUUAAAGGGAAUCCCAGGAUGUAUUCUACUUAUGUGGAUGAGUCCUAUAACGGGGCCAUAGCUAAAGUCUGUCGUUCAGUUCAUCGUCGACAUUGGGCAAUGGCCGUCUACCGCAAGUUGCAAAUGCUGGAAGCUUUGGCUACUUCAUCUGCUGACGACUGA